UUGUUCGUUCUUCUUAUGCCGGCGACAUUCGAUCGGAAGGGUGCUGAAUUUGUGGACAGCUCCGUCGACCCGCCGAAAAAGAAACGGAAGCUCUCUGUUACCGCUACUACAGACAUGGCGAAUAACGAAGCUGCAAGUGCUUCAUGUCCUCCAUGUCACGCAACUGGCAGUGAGGAUAUCGACGAAAGCCUCUAUUCCAGACAAUUGUACGUAUUGGGCCACGAUGCUAUGCGCCGAAUGGCCACCAGCGACGUUUUAAUAUCGGGACUUGGUGGGCUUGGCGUCGAAGUCGCUAAAAACGUUAUUCUUGGUGGUGUUAAAUCGGUUACAUUACACGAUGAAACUGAAUGCACCCGUCAAGAUCUUUCCUCGCAAUUUUAUCUCUCCGAAGAUGAUAUUGGCAAAAACCGCGCUGAGGCGUGCGUUAAGCAACUCGCCGAAUUAAACACUUACGUCCCAACUAAAACAUACACGGGCCCACUCACCGAAGAAUGGAUAAAAAAAUUCCGCGUUGUCGUCCUAACAAAUAGUUCAAUCUCCGAACAACUUAAAAUCGGCGAAAUGACUCAUUCUCUUGGCAUCGCUUUGAUUAUCGCUAGUACAAGAGGAUUAUUCGCUCAAGUAUUUUGCGAUUUUGGCCCAUCUUUCACCGUAUUAGACGUAAACGGUGAAUCACCUGUUUCUGCAAUGAUCGCUGACGUUUCGAGAGAUAAAGAAAGCGUCGUUACUUGUAUUGAUGAUACUAGACAUGGAAUGGAAGAUGGAGAUUAUGUUACAUUCUCUGAAGUUAUUGGGAUGACUGAAUUGAAUAAUUGCGAACCAAUUAAAAUCAAAGUUCUUGGCCCCUACACUUUCAGCAUUGGAGAUACCUCCUCGUACACGAAAUACGAACGUGGUGGAAUUGCAACUCAAGUUAAAAUGCCUAAAAAAGUCCAAUUUAAACCACUUUCUGAAUCAAUUAAAAGCCCUGACUUUGUAGUUACUGAUUUUGCAAAGUUUGAUCACCCCCAACAAUUACAUUUAGCCUUCAGCACUUUGCAUAAAUUCACUGAGAAGAAUGGUAGAUUACCUAAGCCGUGGUCGUUUGAAGAUGCAUCGGAAUUUUUGACAUUGGCGAAAUCGGUUUCUGUUGAUGGAGGUAACGAUACUGAGAUUAAUAAUGAAUUGUUGGAGACGUUCUCAAAUAUUUGCGCUGGGGAUUUAAAUCCGAUGAAUGCGACGAUCGGUGGUAUUGUGGCCCAAGAAGUUAUGAAAGCGUGUUCGGGAAAAUUCCACCCCAUUUAUCAAUGGUUGUAUUUUGACGCAAUCGAAUGUUUACCAAGGAAUGGAAAUCCCAUUAACGAAACUUUAGCUGCCGCUACAGGAUCAAGAUAUGAUGCACAAAUCGCCGUUUUUGGAAGCGAAUUUCAAAAAAAAUUAGGUGCUUUAAAAUAUUUCGUUGUCGGUGCCGGAGCUAUCGGCUGUGAGUUAUUAAAAAAUUUUGCUAUGAUGGGUGUUGGAUCUGAUGGAGGAAAAAUAACAGUAACCGAUAUGGAUCUGAUCGAAAAAUCCAAUUUGAAUCGACAAUUUUUAUUUAGACCUCAUGAUGUUCAACGAGCUAAAUCAGCAACAGCUGCUAAAGUAAUCAAAAAAAUGAAUCCACUCAUUAACAUUGUGGCGCAUGAAAAUCGUGUUGGUCCCGAAACCGAAAGCAUAUACGAUGAUACAUUCUUCGAGGAUUUAGAUGGAGUCGCAAACGCUUUGGAUAACGUCGAUGCCAGGAUUUACAUGGACCGUAGAUGCGUUUAUUACCGCAAACCGCUCUUAGAAUCGGGUACUUUAGGUACUAAAGGAAAUACUCAAGUGGUCGUACCAUUUUUAACCGAAUCGUACAGUUCGUCUCAGGAUCCACCAGAAAAAAGCAUCCCGAUUUGUACGUUAAAAAAUUUCCCAAACGCCAUCGAACACACUUUACAAUGGGCUCGCGAUAAUUUCGAGGGCCUUUUCAAACAAAACGCAGAGAAUGCUUCGCAAUAUUUGAAAGAUCGCGAAUUCGUCGAACGCACUUUGAAGUUGCCCGGUGUUCAACCAAUUGAAGUUUUAGAGUCGGUUAAAACUGCUUUGGUGGAUGAGAGGCCGUUGAGUUUCCAGGAUUGCGUGGAGUGGGCUCGAAAUCAUUGGCAGGAACAGUAUUCGAAUCAAAUUAAGCAGUUGUUGUUUAAUUUCCCACCAGAUCAAUUAACAAGUACUGGACAGUUGUUUUGGUCAGGACCUAAACGUUGCCCGGAAGCGUUAACUUUCGACAUUGAUAAUUCGUUGCAUAUGGAUUAUAUUUACACCGCUGCUAAUCUUAAAGCCGAAGUUUAUGGAAUCCCCCAAGUUAGAGAUUAUAAAGUUGUCAAAGAGAUGGUAUCGAAAAUUCAAGUACCAGAAUUUAUUCCUAAAUCAGGGGUAAAAAUAGCAGUGACAGAUUCUCAAAUGGCGGUGAGUAAUGGGAGUAACGUCGAUAUGGAUCGAGUGGCCCAAUUACAAUUGGAACUUCCCACUGUUAAUGAAUUAGGAAGUUUGAUGUUAACGCCGUUAGAAUUCGAAAAAGACGACGAUAAAAACCUUCACAUCGAUUUUAUCGUCGCAGCUUCGAAUUUACGCGCAGCAAAUUACAAAAUACCCUCAGCUGAUAGACACAAAUCGAAAUUAAUCGCCGGAAAAAUUAUCCCAGCAAUCGCAACAACAACUUCCGUCGUAGGCGGAUUAGUUUGUCUCGAACUUUAUAAACUGGUGAAUAAUAUGAAAUCGAUAACUCCGUUUAAAAACGGUUUCGUUAAUUUGGCUUUGCCAUUUUUCGGGUUUUCCGAACCGAUCGAAGCUCCUAAAAUGGAAUAUUGCGGGAAACCAUGGACGCUUUGGGAUCGUUUCGAGAUCCAAGGCGAGAUGACGUUGAGCGAAUUUUUGGAUUAUUUCAAAAACGAACACGGUUUGGAGAUUACGAUGUUAUCCCAAGGAGUUUGUAUGUUGUAUUCGUUCUUUAUGGCGAAAAAUAAAGCGCAGGAACGUCUUGGUUUGCCAAUGUCUGAGGUGGUUAAACGCGUCUCAAAACGCCGAAUGGAACCUCACGUUCGUGCUUUGGUCUUUGAAUUAUGCUGUAAUGAUGCGGAUGGAAAUGAUGUUGAAGUACCAUACGUUAAAUACAACCUGCCGUAGAUGAAAAAUUAAAAAUUAAAAAUUAAAAAAAAAAAAAAGAAUGAAAAGAAGAGAUUUUUUAGUUUCGUUUUUUUCUUUUCUUGUUUUUUUUUUGUAAGUGCACCAGCUAUGACAUUGAAAAUUUGAACUGAAUUUGGGUGUUAAUAAAAUUGUGAUCCGAAUGUAAAAAGUUUUAAUUUAUGUCAUCAUCAGGAAAAAUUUUUAAAUAAUUAUUAUUGAGGCGAAAUGCCUCAAAACGCUAAAAUAAAAACGUUAGAUGAUCACACAUUAUAUUUAUACACUAAGAGAGCCAGUUUAAGGUUGUUAAUUAAUAAAAACGUAUGGCAUUUAGCAUUUAAUAAUCAAGAUUUUUUUUUUGUAGGAAAUAAUUUUCAUUUUAUUUCGUCAAAAAUUUUUCGCGAAUCACUUCUAUUUAAUGUGUACCGCUGAAUUUAUUUUUCUUUUUAUUUUGGAAAGUCUUAAAAGUAGUAAUUGCAGUUUGUUAAUAGUGUUUAUUUUCUUAACAAGUAUAUUUUGAUGUGUGAGGAAAAAUAAUUCAAAAUAAACAAUUUUUUGAGCAA